AUGGCGAACCCGGUGGUGGAUGCGGAGUACCGCAAGGAGAUCGAGAAGGCCCGGAGGGAGCUCCGCGUUCUCAUCUCCCGCGAGAAGUGUGCUCCCCUCAUGCUUCGCCUCGCGUGAGUCUCCCUCCACUCUCUCUCUCUCUCUCUCUCUGUUUCGCCCCCUGCUGCCCACAUGUCCGCGGGUGCCUCCUCUCUCAGAUGGCACGAUGCCGGCACCUACGACCUCAGAACGGGCACCGGCGGCCCCAACGGCUCCAUUAGAAACGAGGCUGAGCUCAACCACGCCGCUAACUCCGGCCUGAAGACAGCCGUUGACUUGUGCGGUGAGCUCCACCGCCGCAUGAAAUAUUACUCCUUUUUCAUGGGCUGCAUUCCUAACUCCCUUCGAUCUCCCCUGUUCUUCCCCAGAGUCAGUGAGUGCCAAGUGCCCAAGAAUAUCCCACGCUGACCUUUUCCAGGUCUUUUCCAUUGUUUAUUGCUAUUUUUAGGAUUUUCAUAUGAAAAAGGCCGUCUCAGGCUGACCCGAUCUUCCUCGUCAGCUCGCCGGCGUUGUUGCAGUCGAGAUCACCGGGGGACCCACCGUUGACUUUAUUCCUGGCAGACCGGUAAGGGCUCCGCUCUUCUUCAGUUGACUUCUACACAAUGAUAGCAGCAACUACCCCCGUCCCCUCCCUUCUCUCUCAGGACUCGUCGAGCUCCCCUGAAGAAGGAAGACUUCCUGAUGCUACACGAGGUUUAUUUACCUCCAUUCCCUCUGAGCAAAUUUAUGAAUUUAUGAUAAUAUACUUUUCUCUCUCAUCACCUCGCGUGAUCGAUAACCCUGAGAGCACCACGGCCCAUCAUGCUAUUGGGCUAUGUCCGUUCACUACACUCACGGGUCACCGAUGAGCCCAUUAUUGCAGGCGCGGCCCACUUGAGGGAGGUCUUCGGUCGCAUGGGGCUCUCCGACAAGGACAUUGUGGCGCUCUCCGGCGGGCACACACUGGUGAUAACAUAAUAUCUCAUUAAAAUGAGGGUUUUUUGAUAAAUUUGACACCAUAAAUGUAAAUAAUUUAGAAAUAAAUUUAAAUAUAGAAAUAAUUUUCCAAAAUUGGAAACAUUUUUUGAAGACGACACUUCAACAGGGGCAGGCGCACCGAGAGAGGUCCAGCUUUGAGGGCAAGUGGACGGAGGACCCUCUCAAGUUUGACAACUCCUACUUCUUGUGAGCUCAUCCAAAGUCAACUCCAUCUCCCUCUCCACUCGCAUGAUAAGUCAGCUCUGACUCUCUGGGCUCUUCUAGAAACCUGGUGGCCGGUGAAAAGGAGGAACUGCUGAAGCUGCCCACCGACAAAGCCCUGGUUGCAGACCCCGCACUCCGGCACUAUGUGGACCUCUAUUCCAAGGUAUUCUUAAUUAACGUUGAUCAUCAGAAAUAAUGGCCGAAUUUUCUCCUAUGGGGUUGACUUUGAGGCCCCAAAAGGACCGGGAUUAGAUAUCCCUUCGUCCGUUGACAUCACUAGUAAUAGUGGUCAACCUUUCCCCCCACCAUUUUUGUUAGCUUUUAGAUAUAUUCUAAUUGACUUACCGUCACUUGGGUUUGGCAGGACGAGGAAGCAUUCUUCAGGGACUACGCCGAGUCGCACAAGAAGCUCUCCGAGCUGGGUUUCACCCCACCAGGCCCAGCCCGCCGGUUAUACGUUCAGGGUGCUCUUGGUGCCACCAUUGCCGCCGCCAUUGCCCUGAGCUUCUGCCUUAUCUUUUACAAGAGAGCCAAGUAA